ACUUACACGGACAUCUCUGAUAACAAUAGGCGCGACCUGGGUCCACUGAACAUAUAAAUAUCAAAGAUCACACAUCCGUAUAGAGGAGAAGGAAACAACCAACUUAACAGCCAAAACAAAUCACAGCAUUAUGGGGAUAUGUGAGGGAUUCGCUCGGUUUAUAUUCGUGGCUUUCAAUGUCGUCUUUGUGUUGUUCGGUAUCGGAGUCCUUGCCGCUGGGAUCUGGGUGAAAGCCGACCCCGAGUUGUUGAAUGUCCAGAAGCUGAUUGAACUUGACGCCAGUGACAAGUUUUUAUCUACCGCUGGCUGGAUCCUGAUCAUAUUCGGGGUACUAGUACUGAUCAUUGGAGUAUUCGGCUGUGUGGGAGGAAUCAAGAGAAACAAAUGCUUUCUCGGGUUUUAUAUCGCACUUGUUUCGGUCAUUUUCAUUGGCGAACUGUCUGGAGGAAUAAUGGCAGCCGUCUUCAAAAGUAAGAUUUCAACUGAGCUGAAAGAUGCGCUAAGCGGCACAUUGAAGAACUACAAACCGAGUAAAGGAAAUGACAUUGUCACUAAAACAUGGGACGAAGUACAGAAACUGUUUUCCUGUUGUGGUAUAAACAAUUACACGGACUAUUCAAAGAACAACGUAACAUUCCCAGGUACACAGCUUGUACCAAGUACGUGUUGUAACCCAGCAAAUAACGAAACUCUCUGUCAAGAAGAGGCUACACAAACCCCAGGGACAAAGGGCGCUUCAUACAAAUCCCUUUACAACCAGGGAUGCUACCCGAAGUUUAACGAUCUACUGUCCAGUCAUCUUACAUUGAUUAUAGGUCUAGCCAUCGCCAUCGCAAUGUUUCCGUUAUUUGGGAUAUGUUUAGCCUGUGUCACGUGUAAGGACGGGUCAGUGGAGGAUCACAUGGCUUAAAGCCGAACCAGCAUGUGAUAGAGUGCCUUCUCCAGCAGACGAUGACGUCAUACCCGGUUACCCUGGAACAGAUAUAGAUAUACCUGAUUUGAUCAUUAUAGUGCCUGAGAUGAAAUACCGGUACUCUACACAAACAGAUGGCCAAGUUCUUGUUUUAAGUAGCUCGAAAAGUUGACACUUGGAAAGCAAAAAGAUUUUCUUUGCAUUUUUUCCGGGGAUGUCGAUCGAAUUUUAUCAUAAAAAUGUUCUUUGACAACUGUUCAAUUUGUGAGGAUUUUGGAAACAUUUUGGAAACAAUCGCAAUUGAUUUAAAGGCACUUGAACAAACAAUUAUUUGAAAUGAAAUUGAUUUAUGUAAUAAUGUUUGUAAAACUAUAUAGAAUAGGAAAAAAUCAAUGGUAUUAAGUCAGUGACAGUCGUAGUGACAGUAUACCAUUAAACAUUCUGUGGUUAUUAUGAACUGGAUAUACAUAUUUGUUAAUGACAAUGUUAUGAGAUUCGAAACAAAACAUUGUGAUAUCCUGUGUGUACUUUCAUGUACCAGCUUGUAUGUUUUAUGUAUGAUUGUAUAUUUAUAUUUGUUUGUAUGUUUUAUGUAUGUUUGUAUGUUUGAUGUUUUAUGUAUGUUUGUAAUUUCAUCAAUUAUGGUAGUACUACUAAAGGUAAUCAACGAUGUUGAUAUCACCACUAGAAGUUAUCAUCAACCACAUGUCAUCACUGUUAGAGGUCAUGACUACUAGAGGUCAUGACUUCUAGAGGUCAUGACUUCUAGAGGUCAUGACUACUAGAGGUCAUCUUUACUUGAGGUCAUUACUACCAGAAGGCAUCACUAGUAGAGGGCAUCACUACAAGCAGUCAUCACUACUAGAUGGCAUUACUAGCAGAUGACAUCACUAAAUGAUGUGAUCACUACUAGAAGGCACCACUAGUAGAGGGCAUCAGUAUUGAAGUCAUAAUAAGUAGAAGGCACACUCGUAGAAGGCAUCACUAGCAGAGAGCAUCACUAGUAGAGGCUACUGGAAGUUAUUAUUACUAGAAGACAUCACUACUAGAAUUCAUCACUGAAAAAGGUCAUCACUAGUAGAAGUCAUAACUAGAAGAGGUCAUUACUGCUAGAAAUCAUCACUCCUAGGUCAUCACUACUAGAAUUCCUCACUACUAGAGGUCAUCACUACUAGAGGUCAUAACUAUUAGAAGUCAUAACUAGUAGAGGUCAUUACUACUAGAAACCAUCACUACUAGAGGUCAUCACUACUAGAAAUUUUCACUACUAGAGGUCAUCACUACUAGAGGUCAUAACUAUUAGAAGUCAUAACUAGUAGAGAUCAUUACUACUAGAAACCAUCACUACUAGAGGUCAUCACUUGUAGAAGUACUCAGUACUUUAGAUCGUCUUUUCGAACGGUCAUCAGUACUUGAGAUCGUUAUUACUAGAGGGCAUCACUACUAGAGGGCAUCACUAGUCAAGGUAAUCACCAGUUGAAGUCAUCACUACUAGAAGUCAUCAGUACUUGAGGUAAUCAGGAAUAGAGGUCAUCGGUACUUGAGGUCACCACAAUUUGCGGUCAUUACUACUAGAGGGCAUCACCAGUAGAGGUCAUCACUAUUGCGGGUCAUUACUGGUGAUCUUCACUGUUCGACAUUCUAAAAAUUCGGCAUCAUAGCAUGUCAUACGUUACUAAACAAUGGUAUUAUGUACUAUAUUGUAACGGUAAUAUCUUAUUGUUGUUUUGUUUUAAUAAGAUUCAUCUUUUGAAUAUGA